CCUGCUUUCACACAGCAUCACUGCUGGGUUUGUCUUAAGAUGCCACAGUGUUGGAAUGGCUGGCAGGGUGCCUCCCCUCAAUAUCUCUUCUCCCUCAUUGUGUUUUCCUUCAGUUUCUUUUUUUCAGCCCGUGUUUGUAGAAAGAAUGAUGUAGGGGUGGGAACUGAACUCCUGCAACUACACUGUGGGGAAGGAAAUCCAGCUCCACAUCAGCAUUGCUCAGGCAGAUUUCUGAGACUGGAGGCAGCCAGGCCUUUCCCUCUAGCCAUCCCAUCCCAAGGCAGCAUGCUUCUCAGCUAGUGGCCUUUUGUUUGAGCUCUUUUGCUAGUAGCAGUGGUAUCCAGGCAGCAAUGUUUUAUACAAAGCAGCAGAGCACAGGAAAAUGACAGGGGAAGAAGUAUAUCUUCUACUUGCUAAUGUGAAUUCGAAACAGCUGAACUUAGGGAGAAAUUCAUAUGUCCAGAAAGGAAUACUAUCAUCAGGAUCUGAAGACUCUGAAAAUGUUAUUCAGUUUGGUCAUGGACUUUUCUGGAGAACAGAAUCUUUGAAAUUAUGUGAAUAGAGACUGCUUUCAAAACAAUGGGAGAAAGAGCAGAAAGUCCAGAUACUAAUCAAGAAAGAAAUUCAGACAAACACCAUUUCUCUUACUGUUUAUCCGCUUUGGAAAAUACACCACAGUCUUCCAGCCAGUCUUCUGGCCAGUCUUCAGUGACCAAUCCCUCUUCACCUGCAAGUGUUAAGGAGAAACAUCCUAAAAGAUAUGUUUCAGAUAGCCAAGUGCAUCACCAAGCCCAGAGCCUCAAUAGGGAGCAACUUAGGAAAGAUCCCGACGUUGUCACAAAGCGAGUUCUUUCUGCAAGACUGCUAAAAAUCACUGAGCUGCAGAAUGAGGUGACUGAACUCCAGGUCAAGUUAGCCGAGCUGCUAAAAGAAAAUAAGACUUUGAAACGGCUUCAGUACAGGCAAGAGAAAGCCCUGAAUAAGUUUGAAGAUACAGAAAAUGAAAUCUCACAGCUUAUCCUUCGACAUAACAAUGAGAUCACUGCACUCAAGGACCGCCUAAGGAAAUCGCAGGAGAAAGAACGGGCAACUGAGAAAAGGGUAAAAGACACCGAAGGGGAACUAUUCCGGACAAAGUUUUCUCUAAAGAAAUUGAAAAAGAUUUCUGAAGCUAGACACCUACCUGAACGAGAGGAUCUGGCCAAGAAGCUAGUCUCUGCAGAAUUAAAAUUGGAUGACACCGAGAGAAGAAUUAAGGAACUAUCAAAAAACCUUGAGCUGAGUACUAACAGUUUUCAACGACAGCUACUUGCUGAAAAGAAAAGGGCCUAUGAGGCUCAUGAUGAAAAAAAAGUUCUUCAAAAGGAGCUACAGAGACUUUAUCAGAAAUUAAAGGAAAAGGAGAGGGAGCUGGAUAUAAAAAACAUAUAUUCUAAUCGUCUGCCAAAGACCUCUCCAAAGAAAGAUAAAGAAUUUUCACUAAGAAAAAAUGCUGCAUGCCAGAGUGACUUUACAGACCAGUGUACAAAAGAAGUGCAAACAAAUGAAGCCUUUGAGCAGGAAGACUUUCCUGUGACCUCACAAGCAGUUGUGUGUUAUGAAAACAAAUGGGAGGAACAGGAUACUUUGGAUCUGGAGCCCCAAGAGAGAGGUAAGCAUGAAGCAGCAGAUAUUAUAAAUCCAGUUGUGGAAGAAGAAGAAGAAGAAAAAAUCAUAAAAGAACUUGAUGCUAUAAAACAGGAGGUUGAGACUCUGGAGAAUGAAUGGGAAAGAGAAGAAUUUGAUAAAAAGCAAAGAGAAAAUACAUUUUUCCUGAAAAGAGAAGAAAAGCCAGAGUUGGAAAGUGGAAGAAGCCAAAUGGAGGUAUACCAAUUUCAGGACUCUGAUAAACUCGAAGAGGAAGAGGAAGAAGAAAGACUAAAGAGAGAGCUGCUUCUUGCUAAACUGAAUGAGAUCAAUCAAGAGCUCGAAGAUUCACGGAACCGAAAACACCCGCCUGUGCCACUGCUGACGAAUUUUGAAUCCAACUUAAACUCCCCAGAGAAAAGCCCCGAAGCAGUCAUGUUCUCUGAGUCCUCCGAGCGGUCCUUCAAUGGGCAUGACCUGCCAGACCUUUUCAACUACAGAAGUAUCAAAGGAGAGGACUGGAGCCCCAGAGACACUCGAAGCCCAGCCUCUCCAAACGAGCUUACGUUUGGUAGCUAUGUGCCUUCGUUUGCGAAAACAUCUGGGAAGUCUAAUUUAUUUGGUCAAAAAAGUGGCAUUUUGGAAUUCCCAAGUAAUGCUAUGGAAAAACUGAAUAAAGACAGUGCGGGUUUAAUGACAAGACAAGAGAAAAAAGCCAAUCUGAUGGAACAGCUCUUUGGUGCCAGUUGCAGCAGCACCAUGUCCUUUAAAAGCAGUGACCCCACUUCUCUGGCUGCCAGCAGAGGCGACUUCGCCCCCCUCAGGCUUCCCCCAGGGGAUAAAAGCAGCAGAGGCCGAGAACAAGACGGAGAGGACGACUUCUUCCUCAGUGAAGGGAGAAGUCUCCAUCCAAAUCGAAACAGAUUGAAGCCCGCGAACAGUAGACAAGCAGUCAAAGCAGUUGAUUCUGUAGAAGAUGACAUUGAAGAAGUAACUCUGAGAUGACUGACUAGAUUAUAUAUUUUUUCCAAUUGUAAAUAUUAAAAUAUUUUAAUAUGGUAUUUAUUAUAAACAUUUAUACUUGUUAAUGCUAAAAGUUCUUCAUGUUUUUAAUAGCUAAAUGCAAAUUUUUAAAAGUAGAUCCUAUCUACAACCACAUAGCUAGCUUGCCAAGAGUGAGAAAGUCUUUUGAGUGAAAUUAAAAAUAGGAUGUAAUUUACUUUUCACUUGCAAAUCAGUUUUACCUCUUACUGCAGCUCUCUGGAAAGUUUUAUUCUAUUGAAGGUUAUAUUCAUUUUCUCCUGAUUUAUUUUCUGCUCGUUAAAAAAUAAGUUUAAAACAGGCUGCUCACUGGCCUUUGAGUGGAAAUUAAGAGUUUGAGGUUCUGACUUGAGAAGCGUAGCUCCCAUGUGGUAGAACACAGUGCUGUGUGGGCGCCCUGCACUUG